AUGGAGGAAUUGGGACUCAAGGAAGAUGAUCUGCAGGACAUUGUGGUGGAGGAUGGCGAACUGCCGAAGGAGGAGACACGCUGGAUGGCGAUCGCUAGGGUUCACACCGACAAAACCUAUAGCCAAUAUUGGUUCUAUAGAAGCAUGAGGGUGGUGUGGGAUCUGGCGCAGGAGGUAAAGAUCAGGCCACUCGAGGAGAACCUCUACUCCCUCCCAUUCUCGUGCCUCGGCGACUGGGAGAGAGUAAUGGAGGACGGCCCAUGGAAUUUCAAGGGGAAGGCAGUGGUUCUGUCGCCCUAUGAUGGUUUCACGAAGCCGUCAACGAUUGAGCUCAAAAAGAUAGACAUAUGGCUGCGGAUACAUGAUCUCCCAGAUGGUUAUUUCUCCAAGAUAAAGGCUCUGUCAUCCACGGUGGGAGAGUUCAUAUUUGCCGAGCCAAAGUCACAUGAUUUUGAGGGCAACUUUGCAAGGGUUCGAGUGAGAAUAGAUGUGACUAAACCUCUGAAAAACGUUGUCUCGCUGGUGGUUAAGAAGAAGGAUACGGUUGAGCGUGUCAUCUUCAGAAUCAAGUAUGAAAGAUUGCCGGAUUGGUGUGCGGUGUGUGGAUACUUAGGCCAUCUGUAUAAAGAGUGCGGAGACGGCGUUCAUCCUCCAAAGGCGCUGGUAUUCAAGGAUAUAAAAGCAAGCUGGUUCUAG